UCGUAAACACGUCAAAAGCAAGACGGACAGUUUUUGAAAAAUAAUUAAAAUAUUUUUUUUAUUUUUCUUUCAUUUAUUUUAGUGGCAAAAAAUAAAAAGAUUAUUUAAAAAUCAUUAAAAGAACAGGAAGAGUGUAAAAGGAAUUUAUUUUAAAAAUAAUAAUUUUUUAUGGACAUACCGCAAAAGUGUUUGUGUGACGAAAAGGAAAUCAAGAAUAUUACCGAAAAGAAUUUAACAAUAAUUGUUCACAUGAAGAAAAUGGACGGUAGUAAUAAUGUUGUCGGUUCCGGCACAUCAGCAGCCGCAGCAACAGCAUUUUUGCAUCAACAGUCGUUAGCCAACAAUAAUAACAGUUCGAUAUUAUCAGGUGAUACAAAUAAUAACAACAAUCAUUCAGUGGAUCAUAAUAAUAGUAGUGGAAAUGAGAAUAAUAUUAAAAGCAAUACUAAAAGCGAAUCAUCAACAAUCUCGUGUGGAAAGAAGGCAUUUUAUAAGUUAAUAUUUAAUAAGUCAUCAGGAUCAAAUAAUAGUAGCGAUAAUAAUAAUAAUAGUAAUAGCAACCAAUCAUCUAAUACACCACCAUCAAAUAAUUCAUAUACAAAAGUAUCAAUGGAGCGAACGGCAAACGGUAGCAUAGAAAGUAAAAUUUCACAAAUGAGCAUCGAUCAAAAUCGACAAUCAAUAUCAUCACAAUCACAUCAAGGAAAUUCCCUCGUUGUGAGUCCUACGUCAAAUGAUUUAACUCGAAGAUAUAAUUCAUCAUCAUUAAAUGAAUAUCGAAUUGAAGAUUCGGAUGAGCGUGCACGAAUACAGCGAGCAAUUGAGAUACAGGAAGGAAUUGAGAUUGAUCAAGUGACAUCGCCUGAUCUGAUCGAAAGUCUUACAUCACACAAUUCACGUACUAGCAGUGGCGAUGAACAGCAAGAACAUUGUAAACGAUGCCAACAAAAUCAAAUACAAUAUCGGCAAAUGGGCAUUGUGCAACAAGCACUCUUGUCAAUUGCUGACGAUGAAAAUAAUCCACGAUAUCAUUCUCAGGUUGCAUAUUGUCAUUAUUUAGUGCCGGACCUUGAGAAAAUUACAGCAUGUUGUUACUAUUGGGGUAAAAUGGAUAGAUAUGAAGCAGAGAAAUUGCUUGAAGGAAAGCCUGAAGGAACAUUUCUAUUACGUGAUUCAGCACAAGAUGAUUAUUUAUUCUCAGUAUCCUUCCGUAAAUAUGGUCGAUCACUUCACGCACGAAUUGAGCAAUUUAAUCACAAGUUCAGUUUUGAUUCACACGAUCCAUCAGUAUUUAUGGCCUUCACAGUAACCGGAUUGGUUGAGCAUUACAAAGAUCCAACAUCAGUCAUGUUCUUUGAGCCAAUGUUAACAUCGCCAUUACACAGAAACCAUGUUUUCUCACUUCAGCAACUUUGUAGAGCUGCGAUUGUUAGUCACACAUCAUAUGAUGGAAUCAAUAAGUUGAGCUUACCAUUAGCUAUGAAAAAUUAUCUGAAAGAAUAUCAUUACAAGCUUAGAGUGCGUGUUAAACAAUUUCCUGAAGGCGUUGCUUAUCAGAACUCAUAGUGCCAGGUGAUAACUUUUACAUUACCAUCAUCACCAUCAUCAAGUAAUUCAUCAUCAUCGAGUAAUUUAUUUUGGCAUCUUGGAUGCAAUUCAACAUCAUCAUCGCCAUUUAAUUUUAAUUUUCGUCAAUUCUCUGAAAUUGCGAGUAGCACAUUAACAGAUCAACCAAUCCCAUCAACGUCAACUGGAUUGUACAGUGAGACAGAUGAGAAUGUGAAGAAAGGAAAUGGCAAGAAGAAGUUUGGAAAGAGAAUCCAAAACUUUUUCAGUAAAUUCUUGUGAACCAUUUAAAUUCUACAUUUUAAGGAUAAUUAUGAGAAAAUAUAGUCAAUAGUCCUGUAUGAAUACAAAAGCAGAAGUGAGGAAGGAAAGAGGCGGAAGUAAGCCAACAACCAUACAUACAUAUUGAUGAGUAGUGAUAAAUUUUUGAAUAAUGAGCUUUCUAAGGAGUAUGAUUAAUUAAACUAAAUGGGGUUCGUUUGGUUUGUGAUGUCUGUAGAGACCUUUAAUUAUAGCAGUGCUAAGGAGGUUUGGAUAGAGAUUUUUAUACUGGAACGGUGGAUUUUCACUUAAGAAUCCACAGCUAAUUAGAAAAACUUGAUUAAGGACUUUAGACCACAUUUGAGAACCAAUGGAGUUCUAGGUCUGAUAAUUGGGUCAAAAUUUGGCCCCAUAUCCUCGAUAAACGUCACUAACGAAUGACCCCAAAGAACAAAAAAAGAGAAACAUAAAAAUAAUUAAUAUAAAAAAUUAUAAUGGUACUAUUUCAAUACGAAAGAAGUUUAUUUAAGAAAAUAUAUUAAUGAAAACCUUAAAAAAUAACAAAAGAAUUAAUCAACAAUGAAGGACGGACGUGUUAAAUUGUUUAUUUUAGUUAUAAAUGUUUAAUAAUGCUGUUAAAUGUUAUUAAAUAAUUGAUUAAGGGGCCGUUCACUUAUUACGUUACGCAAA